GCAGCAACAGCAUCAUCAUCAGCAGCAGCAGCAGCAGCAGAGCAGGGAUGCGCACACAACCAAACUAAAGGGAAUCUACAGUAGCUAAUCCCAGACUCACCUGUCAUUUACCAGCAUCUUCUGGACGAUGUCAUCUCCUACAUGAAUAGUGAAUACCGACUGAAGACGCCAUCUGCCUUAGAGGAUGCAUUUCUUCAGAGGGUCCACAUUGUGAGAAGCCAUCAUAUAGGUUGGAUAACAAUGAAGAUUUCCCAUUGCCUAUGGACCAACAGCCUAAAACUCAGCGUAACUCCAGUGACUGUACAACUGUCCAUGAAAUAACACAGAAGACCACUGCAUGUGCUAUGUCUAGAAGGGACUUGUGAUUAUUUAUUUCCAGUAAUGAGGCUAAUCACAACACGUUGGAGAAACAAAAAACUUAACUUCUCUACCAACUGAUAGUAAUUAGCUGCAGUAUGUCUAAAUACUCAGAUCUGCUCAACCUGUCCUAUUUGCUGGAACAGGAGAAGGAGUCUAUUAUGGCUGUGUUACAGAGAGAUGAAAACCUAAAGAAAGUAGAAGAUAAAAGAGUAAGAAAAUUGAAAAAUGAACUUCUGGAAAUAAAGAAGAAAGGUGCCAAAAAUCAUCGUCUGCGUCAGAAUAGUAAAAUCUGUGUUCGAUGUCAGAAGUCGUUGGGGUUAAUCUUCAAUCGAGGCGAUAUUUGCCCUAUAUGCCAGCUUCGUGUGUGCAAAACAUGUCGUGUGAUGGGUAAAGGUGCCUGGAAGUGUGUAGUAUGUACCAAGAUUGGGCAAAUAAGAAUAGCAACUGGGGAAUGGUUUUUUGAAGAACGAUCAAAGCGCUUUAAAACUUCUACUGUCCAGGGAAGUGAUGUGGUCAGGAAAUCUAUUCUGAGAAAGGUUCCAGUGUCCGCUAAAACAGAGGUUGAAAAACCCAGCAUUGACAUACAAGAAAAUACCCCAGUGCCUGCAGAAGCUUCUGAGAGCAGCGGGAAACUUACUCCUGACAAAAAAGCUGCUAAAGGAGAAGAUGGAAAAAGCAUUCGUUCAAAUUACGAUACCCAGAGUCUGCGGAGUAUUAGAUCAAUGCCUCGUACUAAUGGCACCCCUGACAAAAAAACUGGUCAGCAGCCUGGAAAAGGAGAAGAUGGCAAAAGUAUUGGUUCAAAUUAUGAUGCCCAGAGUGUGCGAAGUAUUAGAUCGAUGCCUCGUGCUGAUGGUCUUGAAAAAAGGGUUGGCAAACAGAAAAGAAGUGGAGAAGAUGGGAUAAGUAUUCAUUCAAAUUAUGAUACUCGGAGCUUGAGAAGUAUCACAUCGAUCCCACAGUCUGAAAGGAGAUCUAAACUGGACAUUUACAGUCUCCCUGAAGAUUCCCAAGAAGACUUUCUUUAUACCGGACAGGAUACUGUUGAGGGGAUUAGUCAAGCAAGCUUUCAGAUCGACUCUCGCCCCGAAUCCAAGCGCAGCUCACCAGCUUCUGUUCGUGGAAGUGUCCUUUCCUUGGACACCAGUGGUUUGGGAGGUAAAUCUACUGGCAGUAUAAACUCAGCACAAAGUGCCAAUCAAAGCAACAAUUCCAAGACCAGCACAAGUGCAAUAGUGCACCAAAGUUCCCCGACACCAAGCAAACGCAGCACAACUUCCAAACUCAGCAAUACACAUUCAGUAAUAAGUGGAAUGAAAACAAGUUCAAGUAUACCAGACAAUAUCGCAAAGGGUCAUCAAAGACAAGUUUCCGGCACUCACUCGUUAUCCAGAGUGUCGAUAACAUCUGAUCGCAGCCGAUCACAAUUGGACCUAAGUAUCCAUUCUCCAGAGGAAAAUGAGGAAACGGGAAGUAUAAGAAGCAGAUCUGUCCCGGGAGGAUUGAACACUGCCUUGGAACAUUUAGAUGAAAAUGAGGAGGAUUUCCCAGAGAUGGGCUCACACAGAGCAAUAAGUCUGAGGAGUGGAAUAUCUCAAACUGCCCAGCCAAUCUCUGACAGGAAGCGGACCCACUUAAAUGUCCCUGAUGGUGAUGCAGAUACCACAAGUCUUAAUAGCAUGACAAGUCUCUACAGUGAAACUGGGGACUAUGGUAAUGUGAAAGUCACAGGGGAAAUCAUACUCAAUCUUAAUUACAGCUAUAAGACAGGCGCUUUGAACAUCAUGGUAAAGAGCUGUAAGAAUCUAGCUGUGGCCGACGAGAAGAAGAACAAAACAGACCCCUAUGUGAAGGCAUAUCUUCUUCCCGACAAGUCACGACACAGUAAGCGGAAGACAAAAAUUAAGACCAACACCACAAAUCCUGAUUUUAAUGAACUUCUCAAGUAUGUAAUCAGUCACACACAGCUGGAAACCAGAACUUUGCAACUGUCUGUCUGGCAUAAUGACCGCUUUGGACGAAACAGUUUCUUGGGUGAAGUGAAUAUUCCACUUGACUCUUGGAAUUUUGAAAACCAAGAAGAUGAAUGUUUUACACUUCAACCCAAGAUGGAUAUGACAUCUGAUGUAACUCUGCAGUAUAAAGGAGAGAUUACAGUUGGCUUACACUAUAUUCCACCUGAGAAAAACUUGACUCUUCCUUUGGAACCAGUAACAACAGGAAAGAAAAGUUUUAGGAAGUCAAAGAAAGUUCCAAUGCCAACUGGAGGAAUACUUGAGGUGCUUGUGAAGGAAGCCAAAAAUCUAACUGCAGUGAAGUCAGGGGGGACUUCAGACACAUUUGUCAAAGGAUAUUUAUUACCUGAUAACAACAAAUCAACAAAGCACAAAACUUCCAUCAUCAAAAAGUCUGUAAAUCCUCAGUGGAACCAUACAUUCUCCUUCACCAAUCUCCAGCCCGAUGAUCUGCAAAAUGUGUGCUUAGAGCUUACAGUCUGGGACAAGGAAUCCUUAUCGAGCAACAUUUUCCUGGGUGGCGUCUCUUUGGGCUGUGGCAGCGGUACAAGUUAUGGAAACGAGGUUGACUGGAUGGAUGCUCAAGGUGAAGAACAGUAUUUGUGGCAAAAGAUGAUGGACAAUCCUGGAACCUCAGUUGAAGGAACCUUAAUGUUGAGAUCCUCCAUGGCAAAAUUCAAAAAUACAAGUCAGAAGUCAUAGAACUAUCAAGGCAGUCUAGCACAUGUAAUAAAUAGACUAUACCUUAUUACAUCACCAGUUUGUGAUUGUCUAAUCUCUGUUGCUUUGUAGGGAUUCAUUGCAAUCCCACCAUGGCUUGUGUUACUUUAACUAAAGGGAUCUUACUAUACUGUACAUCUGUGUUUAGGAUGAAUACGUAAUGCAUGUACUGUAAUGUAGACCCAAUUACAUUUUAUACAAAAUCUGUUUAACUGAAUUUAUAUACAGAAAUCAAAUACUUGCUAAUGUUCUUCAAAAUAAUCCUUAAAAUCCUAGUAACCUCAACUUUAUUAUAUGUUAUAUCAGAUUGUGUUUGUUACAUUUAUGUACUGUGGCCCUCAUUCUGAGUUGAUCGC